AUGGAGAAGACUCGCUGCUGCAGACACUGCGGGUGCGCGAUACGUUAUUGCCCGUGCUGCGGCGCCGAGCUCGCUGGAAAGCGCGACAACGCCGUCAAGGGCCUCAGUAGUGGUACAGGUGGCCGCCUAUCGUCUUGUAACUAUUCGUUUUCCCCUCACACGGCCGCUGACCGCGCUGAAGGCAGUGGUACCCCGGCGCCGUGUUGUCAUAGCACGUCGACCUGGCGGGAACGACUACCACAUCGCGCCGUCAGCGCCUACGAGGUGUACCUGGCCAUAGUCCAUGGCUUCGUCGUCAAGAAGGGCGAUGAGGAAGCGGACGCUGCUAGGGCCGUUGCACUCACACCGGCGGCAGCGUCGGUAGCAGAAGGCGGGCAGCACAAUGAUGAACAGAUGCGCGGUGCUGCUUUGUCGUGGCUGCGUAUGAUGCCUGGAGAGAAGCGUGUCUACGAGGUGGAGGCACAGUUGUGGCAGGCUCGACUGGCGACAGUGAGCCGAGAGCGUACUACCUCCGCUGCAGCAGUUGCUACGGCCUUGCGUUCGUCUACAGCAGCGCCACCCUUGGUGCAUAACCUGGAGGAGAGGUCUUCAUCGGCCGCUGCGGAGCUCUACACGCUACCUUUGGCAGAAAGACUGUUGCCACAGCAGCCGGCAUCGCGUCUUGUUGCAAAGGUCUCGUCAAAGACGCUCACUUCAGAGCGCCUGCCCCGCAGCAAGACGAGCUUCGCACUGUUCCGUGCAACCGUGAAGGGGCGGCGCAAGAUGAGCAUGAAGGAGAUCGCCGCCGUGUGGCGGCACAUGUCAGCGGAGGAGAAGGCGCCGUAUGACUCGGCGGCAGCGAACCAGCGCACCGAGCAGCUCCUCUCGCAGACACCGUCAGCACCGGGCAGUCAGUCGUGA